AUGGCUGCACCGAACAAAGGGUCGCGAUGGGGCUCUUUCCUGUCCCAGGCUGUCGCUGGUGUCGAGGCCAGACUUGACAAUAUACUUGCCGAAGAAGAGCCAGCCCCGAAACAACCCAAUGCUCCCUCAACCACCGCUGCCACUGUCGCAUCACCGCCCAAGCCUAACUCGACGCCCACGAAGAGUGCCAACGACAGACUGCAAGAGAGGCUGGCUAGGGCAGUAGCUGCCAAAAACGCUGGCGGCACCGCCACCCCGAAAUCUGAAGCCUCUCCAGGACGACCAUCCACCGAGCUCUCCUCCGCAAAUCAGAGUCCCCGCCCUAGCUCAGACCUAUCCAGAGUGAAUUCGCCCCCGCCGGUCGUCGCCUCGUCUCCGCGAACCAGUCUCUCCAGGGAUGAGCGCGUUGGCGACCCACGCCACAUCAGCCAAACUGCCAAUGGAAUCGAGGACCAGCCAGCAAAUGAGCUCGCUGCGCCGGUGAAGGAAGCUGACUUGCCUGUGACUUCGAGUCAAGUCGGAGACUCAGUGCAGCAGCAGGAACAACCAAGCGUAGCAUCGCCAGCACCCAUCGGCACGUCUUCGACCAAGGAGGAGACGGUGCAAGUAUCUGUUUCUACAAGCGAGAAGAUUGUCUCUUCGUUGGAUCUUUAUGAGAAGCGCAUUGCCGACCUGGAAAGGACAUUGGAAGAGCUGCAAAGUCAGCACCAGGAGGAGUUGCAUAGCCAGGUGGAACGGGUCGAUGCUCUCCAGGCCAAGCUUCAGUAUCUCGCUCGAGAGGCGAGCGAGUCUGCCAGAAAGGAUGGAUCAGCCGCCGCCUCGGGCAGCUUGGAGAAACGGAUAGCCGAAAAGGAUCAACAAGUGGCACAACUAAUGGAGGAGGGAAACAAACUCGCCGGCAACGAACAGAAACUUCGUGCUGUUAUUAAGAAGUUGAGAGCACAAAUCACAGCCGAAGAGAAGGAAUUGAAUGAGCAGAAGAUGUGGCGCCAAAAGGCAGAGGCCGAGCUGCUCAAUCUCCGCGAUACCAUCCGUGGUAUAGAUGAAGAUAGAAAGGCAAAUGAUGAGUCUCAAAAGACCAUUACUCAACUGAGGAGGGAUUUGGAUCGUGUCAAGACCACUGUUUCGACAAAGGACGCGACGAUAUCAGACCUGAGGGCACAACUUGAAGAGGCUUCCGAACGUGCAAAGAGCAUGGCAGCAAAAAUCAAUAAUGAGGCUAGGGAAAAUCAUCAAGGCAAGAUCAAGGAACUCGAAGAUACAAUUGCUUCCAUGCAGGUCGAGAAAACGUUGGCUGCAGAUAAGGCCAAAGCCACUGCGAAUGACUUGCGCGAAAAUGCCGAACGUACCGCGGAGCGAGCCCGGGCGGUUGAGCUGGAGCUCAAGGGCGAAGUCCAGAUCCUUGAGAGUAAGUUGGAAGCCCUUCGAGCUACUGCCGAGGAAGCCUCCACUGGUGCUGUGGGUGAUGCUCAAGCCAAAUUGCUGCGACAGAUCGAGACGUUGCAAACGCAGUACUCGAUAGCUAGCGAGAAUUGGCAAGGAAUGGAAGCCUCCCUGCUUGCGAGGACAGCGAAUCUCGAGAAAGAGAGGGAUGAAGCAUUGCGAAGAGAGUCGGACAUGAGGAAAAAGGCCCGAGAAUCGGCCGCUCGUGUAAAACGCCAAGAGGAAGAAUUGGAAGAAGCAAAAACUCAACUUCCCAAUGUGCAACAGGAUCUUUCCAAUCACCGGGCUCAGCUCGAGUCGUUGCGGAAGCGUGCAGAAGAAGCAGAAAAGGCGCUGGCCGAAGCAAAAGCCGAGGCUGAGAAACAGCAACUGGUCACUAGGCAAGACUCUUUAGAUAAGGUGGGAGUAGAGCGCCGCCCAUGGCUCGACGAAGUUGCCCUGCAGACAAGCCGACCAGCUUCCCCUCUGUUAUCUGCGCCGCAGCGGGCAUACAGCAGCGACUUCCUCGGUCUCCAGAACGUCCCCACCAAGCUUCGAAAGACAUCGGCGCCAUCUAGUAAUAACGGAGACGUCAGCCCCAACGAGAGGCUGGUGUCAGCACGACGGCCUUCGCAACAGCCACGUCCGUCGCUAUUUUCCAUGCCAUCCACCCAGUCAGGCGGCACACCACCGUCAAUCUUGAGCCACCUUGAGCAAAUCACCUCACCCACUCAUCCCCUCGACAAGGAGGACAUGUUUGAUGGGGCCGAGACGGUCGCUUCGCCGCAGAAUGUUCUCCACGACAUGGUCUCGGUGUCAACGAUUGCCGCGGGUCCUUCCGUCCAGCUGGUAGAGAGAAUGAGUGCCGCCAUUCGUCGCUUGGAGAGCGAAAAGGUUGCCGCUAAGGAGGAAUUGACCAGAAUUACAAGUCAGCGGGAUGAGGCCCGGAGUGAGAUCGUGACGCUCAUGAAGGAUGUGGAAACAGGCAAGGCAGCCAACACGAGGGUGGAGGCUCUGGAGAAGGAGGUUGCAGAUAUCAACGAUAGGUAUCAGACUACCUUGGAAAUGCUGGGAGAGAAGAGUGAGAUGGUGGAGGAACUCCGUGCUGAUGUCCAAGACGUCAAAGCCAUGUACAGAGACUUAGUCGAGCGCACCCACAAAUGA